ACCUCAACAUCCAGCUGUGAAAGCUGCAUCAACCUGAGCCAAAAAGUGAUCGAGCUGGAACAAAGGAUAUCCACGCUAUACCAAAUCCAGGGGGCUGAAUGCGAACUUGACACGAUCCUCCUUGGCAAAGCUCAAACCACCGCUACUAGCGCUGAGCUAGCCGACACAGUGCACCAUCCAGCUGCUGUGUCCCAAGAUCCCGCCAACAGUCAACACAGGCUCUCAACUUGCGUCGCUGGUGCUUCUGCCAAGGACGAGAACUCCUGGUUUCAGCUAGGGGCCAGACCCAAGGCUCUGGUCAGCUCCACUCCACUCCAACCAGCGCCAUGGACCGUGGUUGAGACGCGUGGUGGCUGCAGAGGGGGCAGGAGGAUCCGUCUCUCGCACCCUCACCCCUCCGGCGCGGUAGUACUGGAGAAUAAAUUCAAUGUCCUGGAUCCUGUGGACUUUCCUCCUCUGACCGCUAGCCCUCGCCAUCCCGCUGUGUCGCUGAGGUCUGCGCCAUCUCCACCACUACGCCCCCGGAGCCGCGGCGGGCAACCCGACGCUGUGGUGCAAACUCACCGCGGAGAGCUGUGCUUUACCCCGGCUCCUCGGAGAAGAGGACCCACGGCGCGGCUACCUGGGAGUCACUCACGCAGUCCGGCUGGCGCAUCUCCAUCUGAACACCCCCGGUGUCGCGGCGCGGGCGUCUCAGAUGGCCAACAGCCCUCGGUGGCACCUCCUCUCUCCACGCUGGUCCUCGGGGAUUCCAUCGUCAGGAACGUGCGGAUGAGGGGGGCGCUCACGCUGUCGUUCCCGGGAGCCACUGUUGUUGACAUAGUGGACAGAAUUCCCAACAUUCUGGCGUCCCACCCACAGGUUAACCGGCUCAUCAUCCACAUCGGCACCAAUGACAUCCCCAAACAGCAAUCUGAGCUGCUGAAGUUGGACUUCCUCCAACUCUUCAGCCUCCUUGGUCAGUUGCAGGUGAGUGCUUUUAUCUCCGGGCCCACCCCCACCUGUGGCAGAGGGAUAGGCCGUUUCAGCCGGCUGCUCAGCCUUAACACCUGGCUUUCCUCUGCCUGUAUCUCCCACGGCGUGGGUUUUAUUAACAACUUUGAUGCCUUCUGGGAGAGGAGGCAUCUUUUUGGGGCAGACGGGCUCCACCUCAACGCCUGGGGACGCCGUUUGCUGUCCGCCAAUUUGGCAUUUGGCGUACAGCACUCCCGCACAUCGCCCUGUCACUACCCCAAACUGACAUUACCUGCUGAUCCGUCUGCCACUGACUGAUGUUCCCCUGGUCCCAGCUCCUAUAUUUGUUCCACUUUUAACAGUAAUACACAAAACUCUGGACUAGGACCUUUCUCUCCCACAGUCAACACAAUACCCGUCAUAAUCACAAACAGAGAGCAACAGAAUCAUCAUAAAUCCAGUAACUCCAAAAACAUUAAUAACCUCCGGCCUCUUCAAAAAUAUCAACAUCCAUUCAACUCUAUUGUCAAAAAUCCACCAGUCUCAAUCAGUAUGGCACUUUUAAAUGUCCGCUCUCUGUCGAACAAGUCUUUUAUUAUUAAUGAUUUAAUUUUAGAUAAUAAACUUGACUGUUUAUUUUUAACUGAAACAUGGCUGGGCUCGGAUGCACCAGUUGUUCUCACUGAGGCCUCCCCACCAAAUUUUAAUUUCUCUUUUUCUAUUAGAAGUGGUAAGAGAGGUGGUGGGACUCAAGGGUCGGUUCUAGGCCCUGUACUUUUUAAUUUGUAUAUGUUGCCUCUCGGCAGUGUCAUCAGGAGGCAUGGAGUGAACUUCCACAGUUACGCUGAUGACACGCAGCUGUACAUCUCCGUGUCUCCUGAUGACACCAGACCAAUGGAUGCCCUUUUUAACUGUAUCUUGGAUAUAAGAUCUUGGAUGGCAGAAAACUUUUUACAGCUUAACCAGGACAAAACUGAAGUUUUAAUUGUCGGUCCUGAGGCUCAGAGAGAGAAACUCUUGUCUAAAUUAGAGGCAUU